AAAAAACACAAAAGAGCUCAAUUCACGAUUUGGGAGAAAGAACUAAAAACACCAAGAAAAUAAAAAAAGAGAAAGAGGAUGGAGAAAGAGUUACAUGAAUCCAAGGUGGCUACUUACACCGAAAGAGGCAUUGGAUCACACGACUCAUCGCCUGAAAAGGAGAAGGAAAAAUCUCAUAAGCAUAGAGGAUUAUUCCACCUCCAUCACUCAAAAGAUGAGAAAGAUGGAGACAAAAAGAAAGAAGGAUCAAAGAGAGAGAAGAUAGCUGCAGCAAUGGUUGGUCUUGGAGCCACUUUUAUGAAGAAGAAGCACAAAGGUGGUGGAAAAAAGGAAAAAAGAGGAGGAGGAGGAGGAAAAGAGGAAGAAGGAGGAGGAGAAGAGGAGGGAGAAGAAGAAGAGGAGUCGUCUUCAUCGGAGGAGGAAGAAGAAGAAGAAGAAGGAGGAGGUGGUGGUGGAGAUGAAGAAGAGGGAGGAGGCAAGUUUAGUGCUUUCAUUACAAUGAUCGCCGAAGCCUUUGAAGAAUGAAAAUUUAAUUUGUGAUCACUUUCUUGUCAUUUUUUUUUUUUUCAAAUUUGCUAUCAAAUUAUAGCAUUUGUAAUGUUUUAUAUGGGAUGUUGAAUUGAAAAGUUAUUUUCUGUAUAAUCUUUUGAUAUGUAUUUUUGAAAGGAACUCAAUAUAUGGAGUUUUUCUUGUGGCAAUAGAUAAAAGAAAUAUGUUAUAUAAAAAUGCAACUUCGUGACGACCUGUUCGAAUCUUCAGCACUAAUAAGACAG